GAAGGGAUUUGUGCUUUUAAUUAUCACACCAAUCAAGUUGAAGAACAGCAGAUGAGUGCUGCUCUCCACCGGUCCCAAUGGAAAAGCCUUUACUCCUGCCAGUGCCAAGACUUAAACAAGACCAAGACUUUUGGGAGUCGCUCCGGGACAAGACCAACACCUUCAAAAUGUUAAUUCAGUUUAGUUCAAUUACUCUGUUGCUCCAUACAGUUGAAUUAUGAGGAGAAAAGUUGUGAGUGCCAAACGAGGGAUUUCUUCAUGUUUGUACCCAAGUAAAAUGGCGUCUUCCCUUCCCUACCCUUCCCGUCGGCUGUGCUUCCGUUUCCGGCGGAAGCCCCUCCCUGUUAGCUUUAGCGAUUAGCUCCACGGGGGACGGGUUCGAGCGAAAUUGGAAAACGGAGACGAAAAAGACGAAAUGAGCGCGGAGGGGGACAGCAGAGGACUGCGGUGAUCGGACACCGAGCGUGUCGCCCUCACUAGCCGCCUCCCAGUGGAUCAUGCGAACUUUCCUCUCUCGACCUCGACGUGACGCCGCCUGACACAUGAUGGGCUUCGGUCGGGAUCUGAGGAAUUCCCACGAGGGAUUACUCAAACUGCAGGAUUGGGAAUUAAAGCUGCUGGAGACGGUCAAGCGUUUCAUGACUCUGCGCGUGAAGAGCGACAAGGAGUACGCCGCCCUGCUGCUCAGCAUGACCCAGCAGAUGGAGAAACAGGAAGCGGCCGACUACGUCAGCACCGUCAGCAAGUCGUGGUCGCAGGUGGUGCGUCAGACGGAGGCGCUGGGUCGCGUCAUGAGGGGUCACGCCGACGACCUCAACUCUGGUCCGCUGCACCGCCUCGCCACGCUCAUCAGAGACAAGCAGCAGGUGAAGAAGAGCUACCAGAGUCUUCAUCAGCAGCUGGAGAGCCAGAAGCACAAGGUGACCAGGAAUGACCUGGACAAGCUGAAGUCGACGUACCGCCAGCUGAGCCGAGACGCCAACAACGCCAAAGACAAAUACCGAGAAGCUCUCAGUAAAGGCCGCGAGGCGGAGCGAGCGCACGAGCGUUACGACAAAGCCACGGCCAAGCUACACAACCUGCACAACCAGUACGUGGUGACCGUGUGCGGCGCGCAAACGCAGCAGGAAGAACAUCGGCGCCGCGCCGCGCCCGCGCUGCUCGACGCGCUCCAAAGAAUGCAGGAGGACAUGACGCUCGCUCUGAAGAACAUUCUGGAGGAGUACUGCGAGAUCAGCAGUCUGCUGACUGAGGAGGUCGUCAAGGUCCAUCAAGAGAUUUCUGCGGCGGUUCAGCAGAUCGACCCGCUCGUGGAGUACCAGCACUUCAUCGACGCCUACAGAUCUCCGGAGACCCCCGAGCCCAGCGUGGAGUUUGACACGUCCCUCUUGGACGAGACGGACAACCUGUCGGCCAACGAGAUCCUCUGGAACACGCUGACGGCCGACAGUCUUCGGGCCAUGCUGUCGUCGGCCACGGAGGAGUUGGCGCUGACUCAGGAGAACCUGAGGACCAAAGAGGCCCUGGUGGACGACCUGGACGCCAAGAUCAACACCAGUCAGCAGAACGCCGACAGGAAGUCCGACUGCGUGCUCCUGCUCGGCCAGAAACUGUCCCUCCUGGAGCUGCGUCAAACCGUCCAAUCGCUGCGCGGCUCGGAGGCCCGCCUCUCCUCGCAGAAGGCCUUGUUGGACGCCAAGAUGGCGGCCGCCCCGUCGCCGCCGCCGCCGCCGCCUCCGCCGGCUCUGCCCUACGAGGACGACGCCCGCUCCGUGGGCUCCACCGAUAAAGGCAAGGAGAAGAGCUCCCGCUUGGACACGCUGCGCCACUCGCUGGCCGGGAUGAUCCGCUCGCCCAAAGCCGUGUUGGGCUCCUCGUCCUCGCACUUCUUCGACGUCAUCCCGUCGUCGGAGCGCCCCCUGGCGGAGCAGGAGUGGUACCACGGCGCCAUCCCCCGCACGGAGGCCCAGGAGCUGCUCCGGCAGCAGGGCGACUUCCUGGUGAGGGAGAGCCACGGCAAACCGGGCGAGUACGUCCUGUCCGUCUUCUCGGACGAGCAGCGGCGACACUUCAUCAUCCAGUUUGCCGACAGUCAGUACCGCUUCGAAGGGACGGGCUUCGCCACCAUCCCUCAGCUCAUCGAGCACCACUUCACCACCAAGCAGCUCAUCACCAAAAAGUCCGGCGUGGUGCUCCUCAACCCCGUCGUCAAGGACAAAAAGUGGAUCCUCAACCACGAGGACGUGGCGCUGGGCGAACUGCUGGGCAAGGGGAACUUCGGCGAGGUGUUCAAGGGGACGUUGCUGCGCGACAAAACGCCGGUGGCCGUCAAAACCUGCAAAGAAGAUUUGCCGCCGGAACUGAAGAUCCGCUUCUUGUCGGAGGCCAGGAUCCUGAAACAGUACGACCACCCCAACAUCGUCAAGCUGAUCGGCGUGUGUACUCAGAGGCAGCCCAUUUACAUCGUCAUGGAGCUGGUUCCCGGCGGCGACUUCCUGUCCUUCCUGAGGAAGAAGAGGGACGAGCUCAAGACCAAGCAGCUGCUGCGCUUUGCCGCGGACGCGGCCGCCGGCAUGGCGUACUUGGAGAGUAAGAACUGCAUCCACAGGGACCUGGCGGCAAGGAACUGCCUGGUGGGCGAAGGCAGCCUGUUGAAGAUCAGCGAUUUCGGGAUGAGUCGUCAGGAAGACGACGGCGUUUAUUCCUCGUCCGGACUCAAGCAGAUUCCCAUUAAGUGGACCGCACCGGAAGCUCUCAACUACGGAACAAAGCAACAACAAUGGCGACUGGAACAGCGUCUGCUAGAACAAAAGGACCUAGUUGACCAGAUGAUGCGUUUAAUUUUGCUGCAAAAUCGAUCGAGAAGGCGGCGGCGUAGGUGCUAUGUGGAACCGAGAGGAACGCUGAGCCGUUACACUUCGGAGAGCGACGUGUGGAGUUACGGCAUCCUCCUGUGGGAAACCUUCAGUCUGGGGGUGUGUCCUUACCCGGGGAUGACCAAUCAGCAAGCUCGUGAGCAGGUGGAGAAAGGUUACCGCAUGGCGUGCCCUCAGCGUUGCCCGGACGACGUGUACAAGGUGAUGCAGCGCUGUUGGCAGUACAGCCCGGACGAGCGACCCAAGUUCUCGGAACUGCAGCGGGACCUCGCCGCCGUCAAGAAGAAGUGACGGGAAGCGCGGCCGGGUUUUUCUUUAAACACUAAAAAUGUUAACGGGCGGGUCCGACGUCGUUGCGUGUCGCCGCCGCGUUAGCAUGGACGUCACUAGCUGCCUUAGUGUGUCGGAGACCAGGAAGCUUGUUGGUCAAAUAGGAAAUGAGUGCGUUCACUUCAAUAAAAAGAAAAAUUUCAUAUCUUAUCCUGUAACCAUAGCGACAAGACUAACAUAUAUGUACAUUAUAUCUUUGACUUUUUAAUUGUAUUUAUACUUUUUAUUUCUCAACAAAUCCAGCCUCUUGAAACACUUUUUUUUUUUUUUAAGACAUUAACUUAUUUAUUUGUGAACAGAUGGCGUCACAGGUCAAAGUUUACUUGUGUCCUGAGAGGGUGCUGAUUAUCUUUUAGCGCCAUCUUCUGGUUCCUUUUUGUACAUAGGUCACAUUGAUAAGUACCAUUGAUGACCCCUUUUAUAAGAUAAUUCAUGCAUUUCUAAUGAAAAUAAAACACCACCAACAACA